CAGAGAUGCUCUGCUGAGAUAUAAGAUAAGAUGUCAGAUAGUGAAGCACCUCAUGCCAUUGCCGAGGGAACGCAGGAAGCACCCGGGAUGCAAGAGCCGUCUCCUGCUGAAACACCAGGCAGCUCCUCGCCAUCUACGCCAGACAACUCCACUGAUGUUGCUCCGACGAGAAAAGCCAGGAGGAGGCCAGAGGCCAACCCUGCAGUGGAAACUGAGGCAACAGAAAAAGCAGAGGAGAGUCAGCAGCCAGCAAAGCCUCCUAGUGAUACAACCGUCUCUCAAGGCGGAUGGGGAUACUGGGGCAGCUGGGGUAAAUCUAUCUUGUCCACAGCAACAGCUACUGUGGCCACUGUGGGCCAAGGGCUCACCCAGGUCAUCGAAAAGGCAGAAACAUCUCUGGGAAUUCCCAGUCCAACUGAACUGUCAGAUAAGGUGGUAGAAGAAGAAAAACAGCAGGAGGAGAGCAACAGCAACACUCAAAAAGCUGCAGCCGACGGAUCGUCUCCAGUGGGAAGUGCGAUGGGAAUGUUAUCGUCUCUGACCAGCGUCGUUCAGACCACGGGGAAGACUGUGAUCACAGGAGGGCUGGAUGCUCUGGAGUUCAUUGGGAAGAAAACAAUGGAUGUGAUAGCUGAGGGCGAUCCUGGCUUUAAAAAGACCAAAGGACUGAUGAACAGAAACGCCACUCUGUCUCAGGUUUUGCGGGAAGCAAAGGAGCGAGAAGAGUUAGAGACGGCAGAGAAGGAAUCGUCAGAUACAGAGAAGAAGGUGGUUGCUCACUACGGCAUGCUGUUUGAUGAAUAUCAGGGUCUGUCUCACCUGGAGGCUCUGGAGAUCUUGUCCAGAGAUAGCGAAUCCAAGGUGAAGUCUGUGUUGACAACCCUGUCUGGAGAUGAGCUGAUCCAGCUCAGAGAGGAGCUGGACCAAAUCAAAGACUCUUUCUCCAUGGUGGAGUUUGAUGACGAGGAGGUCGACGACAAGAAAGAUGAAGAUGGCACAGAGUUCGUGAAUGAUUUAACAGCAGCCAUAGAUGGUCUCAACAUUUCCGCCACAGCUGACAAGCUCAGUAAGGUAUGACUGAUCCCGGAUUGGCUUGCAUUGUUAGACGCAGAGUAUAGGAAGUGUUACUUAAUUUG